AGUGUUCGCCAUCACAGGGGAAAUCUCCACAAGUGGCUAGGGAGAUCAUUCAUUUCUCCCAGGAGCUCACUUGGCAGGCAGCCUUGUCUGAUUGGUGAAGUCUAAGACAGUGAGAGUGUCUGUCUCAAAGUCAGGAGAAUCGUCCUGAGUGAGAGACAGACAAUCAACAGGACAGCAGCAAGGGGUGCGGGGUUACAGCAAGAGUCUGCAAACACUGAACCCCGGGAUCCCUGGUGUGAAGGUCAAUGGAUGCCAUCAGCUGACAGAGCUGGGGUGGUGGAGUAAAAUGGUCAGUGCUGGGGAGCACAGGAUGACCCUGGAGUCGGCUACCAAGCUCCCAAGCACUCAGGAAACCCUGGGUUUGGGCUAGGGCCACUUCAGCAGAGCUCCGCCUCCCUCUCAGAAGGAGGAUGUGAAACCUAUUCCCCUGAUUUGUGCAAACCAACCCCCCUAGUUCAAAGAACAGAAACCAAACCCUCCUCAGACUGCAGCCCCUCCCUUUAGGGACCAAGCAGGCAGGAUUGGAAUCUAGGAAGUGCAGAGCAGAGAGCAGAGACUGUGAAGGGCAGGAUCUGGAAGGAAAUCUGGGCAGAUCAGCCUUUGCUUCCCAGCUGUUCUGCUCUCCGAAAACACCAGAAACCAAGCACUCAGCAUUCGGUCUGGCUGCUGGACAUCCCAGCUAAGAAGACGCCAUAGACAGCUACCCCAGCGACCUUGUUCCCAGGGAAGAGGGGACAUCACAGGAGGGUCACUCACUUCAUCACUGGGGAGCAGCACCAUCAACUGUUACCAGCCAUGGGUCAGUCCUCCUCUUCUACACCCCCUCAGAAGGAGGAGCCUGAUUUGACCUCCAGCCUCGACACAAAUCUUUACAAUUUCAAGAUGGAAACCAAGAUCCUGUCUCAGGAAUUAACCACCUUGAUUGAAUCAUACCUAAAGGACGGGAACCUGCGGGGAACAGUUUCUGCAAUCAGCGAUGCUCUGAGUGACAUCGAGAAAAUCCCACUGAACAUCGCAGUGAUGGGGGAGAUUGGGGCUGGAAAAUCCAGUCUCAUCAAUGCUCUACAGGGGGUGGGGCCUGAUGAAGAGGGUGCGGCUGCUUCCACCGGAGUGGUAUGUACCACCACUGAGAGAACACCAUACCCAUACUCCAAGGUUCCCAGUGUGACACUAUGGGACCUGCCGGGCAUCGGGUCCACUGCCUUCCAACCACAUGAUUACCUGAAGAAAAUCAAGUUUGAGGAGUAUGACUUCUUCAUUAUUGUCUCUUCUGGACGCUUUAAACACAAUGACGCAGAACUAGCCAAAGCCAUCGUGCAAGUGAAUAGGCAUUUCUAUUUUAUUCAAACCCACACAGACAAUGAUCUAAUGACUCAAAAACAGCGUUGGCCUCAGAGAUUCAAUAGAGAGAACACCUUAAAGCAGAUUCGAAAUUCCAUCUCAAGUAUACUUAAGGAAGUGACCCAGCAGGAACCUCCAGUCUUUCUAGUCUCUAACUUUGAUGUGUCUGACUUUGACUUCCCAGAGCUGGAGGCCACCCUUCAGCAAAGCCAUAGGCCCUGCUCUGCUGAACUCAUAAUUGCAAUGUCUCUUGUCUCCUCUCUUCAGCAUCUUCUGGAAACAGCUGCAUGCAAGUCUUCUAGACCCUCUCCUUCAACGGCCCAGCUUUUGGCAUCCAGCUUUGAAAAUUUUUUUAAGAACUUCAAGAAGGAAAGUAAAAUCCUCUCUGAGGACACUAUCACCUUGAUUGAAUCCCACCUGGAGAAUAAGAACCUCCCGGGAGCGGUUUCUGCAAUCAGCAAUGCUCUGAGAAACAUCGACAGAGCCCCACUGAACAUCGCAGUGACGGGAGAAACAGGGGCGGGCAAAUCCAGCUUCAUCAAUGCCCUGAGGGGAGUGUGGGAUGAAGAAGAAGGUGCAGCUCCCACUGGGGUGGUAGAGACAACCAUGGAGAGAACUCCAUACCCCCACCCAAAGCUUCCCAUGGUGACAAUAUGGGACCUGCCUGGGAUUGGAUCCACAUCGUUCCCUCCCCAAAACUACCUAACGGAAAUGAAGUUUGCUGAGUAUGACUUCUUCAUUAUCAUCUCGGCUACUCGCUUCAAAGACACUGAUGCACAUUUGGCCAAAGCCAUUGCCAAGAUGAAUACAAAGUUCUACUUUGUCCGAACCAAGAUAGAUCAGGAUAUAAGUAAUGAACAGAGGAGUAAAUCCAAGACUUUCAAUAGAGACAGCGUCUUAAAGAAAAUCCGAGGUGACUGUUCAAGGCAUCUCCAGGAGACUCUCUCCAGUGAGCCCCCAGUUUUCUUGGUCUCUAACUUUGAUGUGUCCGACUUUGACUUCCCAGAGCUGGAGACCACCCUACUGAGCGAGCUCCCAGCCCACAAGCGCCAUGUCUUCAUGCUGUCCUUGCACAGUGUUACGGAGACUGCCAUUGAUCGGAAGAGGGAUCUCCUGAAACAGAAGAUCUGGCUGGAGGCCUUGAAGGCUGGAGCUUGGGCCACCAUUCCAUUUGGGGGCCUGGUCCUAGAUAAGAUCCAGAAGGUAGAGGAGACCUUGGACCUCUACAGGUCCUACUUUGGGCUGGAAGAUACCUCGCUGGAAAAUAUUGCCAAGGAUUUUAACGUGUCUGUCAAUGAGAUCAAAGCACACCUUAAGUCUCUCCAUUUGCUAACAAGGACCAACGACAUGUCCUUAGAAGAAAAACUAUGGAAAUACAUUGAAUAUAUUUCCUCUGUUACGGGGGGACCACUUGCCACAGGCCUUUACUUUAGAAAGACUUUCUAUUUGAAAAAUCUCUUCAUUGAUACCGUGGCAAGUGAUGCCAAGACUCUUCUCAAUAAGGAAUUUUUAUCAGAGAAGCUGAAUGACCCCCCAGAAUACUGGGAAGCAGCGAUGGAGCUAUGAGGCACUUACCUUCAGGCUGACUUUGGUCACUGACUUAUGAGCUACUUAUAGCAGCAAACGUUUUCUAUGAAAGACCAGAGGGCUCACCUCUUUUAGAGACUGUGGCAGCUGAAGAAGAGUCAUCAACAGUGUAAACACACAUGGGAAAAGCUGUCUCCCACUAAAAUAACAUGAUGAGAACACACAGGUGUAUACAAGUGGCUUGUAAUAUCCUUCUGAAAUUAAACUUGGAUGUUUUGUCUCAUGGAGAUUCCCCAGGCAUUGCCAUAUGAAUAUAUUUUGGGGUUAUGAAGGACAGGGUAUAUACAAGUAACUUGGAAUAUCCUUAUGGAAUUAACCUUUGAUAUUUUGUCUCACGGAGAUUUCCCAAACAUUACCAAACUCUCCUAAGAUGAAGACACUGUUUCCUGCCUUGAUGUUUUUUUUUUUUUGUUUUGUUUUGUUUUAUGAAGUUCAAGGAGCUGGUUCCCAGCGUACAUCUCCACAUGAAGUGGCAUCUCUUGGACACAAGAACUACAUGGUAGAUGAUCUUUGGGAUCAUCGUCCAUGCUCCUCCAGGAGGAGCUGAGUAACACACAGAUGGGUGGACAUAUCUGCAGGUUCUUUUGGUCCUUGGAAACAAGGAAAUUUUAUUCCAUAUCCUUUAUCAGUCAACCUGUGUGAGUUCAGAAUUCAGGUUGUAGGCAAAGUAAACACUAAUUAAAUUGUUUCUCCUUGGGGAUAAGGUCACUCCAAGACAUUACCUUACUGCUUUAAUGUCUAGGAGACUUUGUUGGUGUUUAGCCUCACUUGAGACCAGUUAGCAUGUGGAGUUGUUGCUUGUUUCUUUAUCUACAGCAUCCUUUGAGACCCAAUGUGUCUUUUGGGCAUCCAACAUCACCCUUUGUUAAAAUCCCAGUGUUGCUUUUUCUAUAUGUAGACCUGCCCUUCUAGAAGGAAAGUAAGGAGUCAUGCAUGGGAUGCAAUGUGCAGAAAACCAGCACGUACAUUUUAGCUCUGCAUUGGGCCUCUUCAGAGAAAAGGAAGCAAUAUAUUAUAUCCAUAUCUUCUUAUUGCUGCAUCUAUAUAGUGUUAGAGUUAAUUCCUUUCAUGCCACAGUGCCCUAAACACCUGACAGAAACUGCUGAAGAGAAGAAAGGUUUCAUCUGGCCACAGUUUCAGAGAAUUACCCUCUGUCAUAACAGGAGGGGCGUGGGGAGGAAAACACUCAGUGUAAGAGAAGACGGUGAACAAGGUGGCAGAGAGCUAGGUGACAGCAAGGGGCAGGAGUAUCAAAGUACUGGCUCUUGUGACUUGCUUCCACCACCUAGGCCCUCCCUCCUAAAGGCUCAACAACAUCAGAAAAAAUAAUGCCAUGUUGGGGACCGGGUGAUUAACACCAGGGUCUGUGGUGGUCUUCAAACCAGAGCACUAUCAUAUCCUCAAAUUACCACAUCUCUCUUCUCAACUUCCUCUCCUCCUUUCUCUCCUUUCCCUCUUCCUCCUCUUGUUCUUCCUUCUCUUCUCUUUCCCUCCUCUCCCCCUUCCUUCUUCUCUUCUUCUCCCUGAUUCUCUCUCUCAUCUUCUCUCCCUGCUUCUGUCUCUCAUUGGCUCACUCAGCUGUGAGACUUGCCAAGUACAGGAGCUACAGGGCAGCCUUGCAGCCCGGAAAUCUUUGGAGGAGCUGAUAGUACAGCUUCCGGCCAAACAGCAAGAAUUCUUUCCUCUCCUUCCCAGAGGGUGUCAAGGUUUGUUUUGUUUUUGCUUAUCUCUAAGGUCUUCAGUUGGUUAGGCAGGGCAUUUGCAGUAGAGUCAUCGGAAGUAUUCCAAGUAUUCAAAGUCUCCUGCUUUAAAAUUUAAUCUCAUCUUAAACUUACUUUCACAAUAACAUCUACAGUGGUGCUUGGUAAUUACUUGGGCACUCUCUUAGAUAGGGUCUUUGUUGCUGUGAAGAGACAGCAUGACCACAGCAACUCACAUAAAGGAAAACAUUUAAUUGGGUGGCUUACAGAGGUUCAGUCCAUUAUCAUCAUAGUGGGACAUGAAGCAGGCAGGCAGACAGAGUGCUGGAGAAGGAGCUGAGAGUUCUGCAUCUUGAUCAGCCUACAGCAGAAUGAGUCUGUGUUCCCCACUGGGUGUAACUUGAGAAUAGGAAACCUCAAAGCCAGCUCCCCACAGUGACACAUUUCCUUCAACAAGGCCACCCUCCUAAUAGUGCCACUUCCUGUGGGAGGCCAUUUUCUUUCAAACUACCACAGGUACCAUCACAUCGACAAGAUGCUAUGUCAAGGUAAUUUCCUCAAACUCCACAGUUACCCUAACCCACUCUAUAUCAGCAGACACACGUAGUUACAUGGUCAUAGUUACAAUCGUACUCCUUUGUGAGACGCAGUGUGACAACUUUACUCAAAUAAACAAUGCAUAAUCAUCCAAUCUUGAGAGAUGGCUCCGCAGUUAAGAGCACUGACUGCUCUUCCAGAGGAUCUAGAUUCAAUUCCCAGCAUCCUCUUGACAACUCAUGACUGUCUGUAACUCAGCUCCAAGGAAUCUGGCCCCCUCACCCAGACGUGCAUGCAGGUAAAACACCAAUGCACAUCAAAUAAAAACAAACAAAUCAUGUUUUAAAAGCUGGGGUGUCAGGCUUCCAUAUUCUUAGACAUAUUAAAAUUAUGGUGAUUAACAGAUGAUACUUUCCAACAUUAAGGUGUACGUGUAUACAGUAGAUGCUGACCAAUUCAAGGUAUGUUUACCACUUUAUUGUCAUUGCCCCAGAUCUGGGGCACCUGACUGUCUCUGUUCUGCUGAUUUGUAAAGAGCUUAAUAGAUUGUUUUAAACAAGAAUCUCUGUGCUGCACUGCAGCAUGCUAGAACACGCUCCUUCCCUCUAGCCCUUUGGUACCUGUUAUCCAAACUCUCUUUGCCCCUCAACCUAACUUCCAGCUUCUAGGAAUCACUGUUCUGCACUCAGAUCAACCAUUAGUGUCCCAUUGCAGGUGAGCAGAAUUAGUAAGUACUUCUCUCUCUGCUUCAUUGUCCUUUGAGACCCCCAGCUGCUGAGCUGUCUGCUCCUGAGAUCACUUACCUGCCCCUCUGUCAUGUUGAACACCCAGGCCCAGUCUCACUGGCCUUUAGUCUAUUUCUGUGCUUUCAGCAGUAAUAGUCCCGGGGAAAAGCCAUUAUAGUGUAUGUAGCAGGGGAAGUUGUCAGCAGAGAUGUCUGUCUGAGGAUGGAAGCUUUCUGUCCUAUAUGUGGGAAAUAUUUCAAUACAUUACAGAUUUGUGUGUGAUGGUUUAUAUCGAUUUUCAACUUGACAGGACCUAGAGUCACCUUGGAGCCAAAUCUCUGGAAAUGUCUUUAAGGGAUUAUCUCAAUUAAACUUACUAAUUGAUUAACUAAUUAACUUGAUUAACUAAUUAACUUGAUUAACUAAUUAACUCGAUUAACUAAUCAAGAUGGGAAGACCCACCUUAAAUGUGGGCAGUGCCAUCCCCUAGGCUGGAGCCCUGGACUGCAUUAAAUAGAGAAAUCAAGGCGGGCACCAGCGCUCCUCUCUCUCUGCUCCCUGAGUGCAGAUGUGAUGUGAUCAGCUGCCUUCCCAUCACAGAGGACUGUAGCCUUGAACCAUGAACCAAAAUAAACUCCUUCUCUCUUUAAAUGUUUUUGCCAGGGUAUUUUAUCCCAGCAUCAGAAAAAGUCACUAUUAGGGUAACUGCCCAGCUGAGCAGUGGUGGCUUACACCUUUAAUCCCAGCACUUGGGAGGCAGUGCAGGCGGAUCUCUGUGAGUUCAAGGCCAGCCUGGGCAAGAUCUAGGAUAUCUAGGGCUAUUAUACAAACAAGCCCUGUCUUAGUUAGGGUUCUUUUGCUGUGAAAAGACACCAUGACCACAACGACUCUUAAAAAGAAAACAUUUCGUUGGGGUGGUUCACUUAGAGCUACAGAGGUUCAGUUCAUGAUCAUCAUGGCGGGGAGCAUAGUAGCAUGCAGGCGGACUUGGUGUUAGAGAAGGAGUUUGCAGGCAACAGGAAACAUCUGAAAGUCACACUAAGGGAAGGCUGAGCAAAAGAGACCUCAUAGCCCACCUCCACAGUGACACACUUCCUCCAACAAGGCUAUACCUACUCCAAUGAAUGCACAACUUCUAAUAGUGCCACUCCCCAUGAGCUUAUGGGGGCCUAUUACUUCAAACUACUACAAACCCUGUCACAAAAAAAACAAAACAAACAAAAAGAAACAAACCAAGUAACUGCCCGUUGAUCAUCAACUGCCCUUUGAGUUUCUACCCACUCAACCUGUGGUGUAUGCAAACUUCCAGUCUGUUUAAUCCUGUGUGUGGUAGAUGUGUGUGAUAUGUGUGGAGUGGGCGAGCAUGAAUCCUGCCUACAGUUUCUCGGACAUCAGAAUGAUGUACUCAGUGCUAAAUCUUAGAACUGUACAAGGAAACCACUGGUUGAACACAUGAAGCAAAAAGCAAUAGGAAAGCCUGGCGAUGGUGGUGCACACCUUUAAUCCCAGCACUCGGGAGGCAGAGGCAGGUGGAUCUCUGUGAGUUCGAGACCAGCCUGGUCUACAGAGCUAGUUCCAGGACAGGCUCCAAAGCCACAGAGAAACCCUGUCUCGAAAAACCAAAAAAAAAAAUAGGAAGAAA